ACAUGGCCAAGAAAAAGGGAAGGAAGGGCAAGAAGGGCAAGAAGCCCAAGGUCGACUGCAAGUUCAAGAUCACCAAUGAGAUGCUCAAGCCAAUGAACGAGGAUGUUGAUGACUGCGAUGGCUGCUGCCAAUGCGCCUGCGAUUGCGACUGCAGUCCUGAGCUGGCUCCUUGCUUCAUCCAACCGACCAGGCCGGAUCCGGGCCCAGAGGCCUACGAUGAGUUCGAGGCCUGUCUGAAUGGCAGUGGCCUGACCAUUCGCGUCCUGAAGAACACCCACAAGGUGGAGAGCGUGCGGGAUGGCAGCGAAACGGCUCCGAAUCUUGGGGCCGAUGAUGAUCCCUGCUAUCGGGAGGAUCCCAAUGACUGCGAACCGAAGCAGGAGUCCUGCCUGCACGAGAUGCUGCAGCGCAGCUCCUUCGCCAGGAACCACAUCAAACGCAGAACGGGCGGCAGGAUCAUCAACCAUCCGAACAUCCCCAAGGUGCGGGCCAAUAUCAAGUACUCGGGCAACGACGCCUGCGAGACGGACAACUACUACGUGCCCUUCUCGAAGAUCAAGGAAGCCUGCGACGCCCAGGAGGCCAAGGUCGACUGCUACCGCCAGCGGCUAUGUGGUGGAUCGGAUCGCAUUGUCCCCGCCCAGUGCCCCGCCCAGAAUCAGAGGUCCUGCUGCAUGCAGGUCGAGCGCAAGGACAUCAUGCAGACCAUGAAGGGCGUCAAUCUGGACACCAGGCGAAAGGGAAUCGAGGUCUGUUACAAGACCUGCGAGGAGACCGACAGCGAUGUCUUCCUGGUGAAACUGGGCAGCAAGGCCAAGUCGCAGCACAAGAAGAACACCAUCGAGAUCGAACUCAGGACCCCUAAACAGCCCGUAACCCUUCCGAUCAGCAAGGUCACUACCGAGACCUACGUUUCCGAGGAAAUGCUCGCUGGUGCCAAAAAGGGAAAGAAGGGCAAGAAGGGAAAGAAAGGAAAGAAGGGCAAAGGCAAGAAGAAGAAGUAGAGGAUAAGAAAAUAUCCUUAACUAUC